AUGCCCAGCCCCAACAAGACGAUUGCCGUCAUCAACGCCAGCGGUCGUCAGGCCGCCUCGUUCAUCAGAGUCGCCACUGCCGUGGGCUAUCACGUCCGCGCCCAGCUGCGGAACCUUGAAGGUGUCGUGGCAACAGAGGUCAACUCAAACCCUAACGUCACGGUCCUUGUCGGCGAGUUGUACACUCGACACAAACCCACGCCGGACAACAGAGACGUGACAACCAACGGUCCCAUUUCCGGCGUCGGUGUAAACCACGACCUAAUCAAGGAGCUCUUCCGUGGCUCCCAGCUUGCUUUCAUCAACACAACCUUUUAUGGUGACGAGUUGGAGAUCGGGAAGGCGCUCGCCGAUGCCGCCAAAGUGGCCGGGGUUCAACAUUAUGUUUACUCCUCCAUGCCGGACCACGCAGCCUACAAUACGGACUGGCCGUCGUUGCCCCUAUGGGCAGCCAAGCACAAGGUCGAGGAGUACGUGCGCUCCAUUGAUCUGCCUUCCACCUUCGUCUACACUGGUAUCUACAACAACAACUUCACGUCGUUGCCGUACCCGCUCUUCUGCAUGGAACUCCAGCGCGACGGCUCCUUCCAGUGGCAGGCUCCCUUCCACGAGGAUGUGAAGCUGCCAUGGAUCGACGCCGAGCACGACAUUGGCCCCGCCAUUCUGCAAAUCUUCAAGGACGGCGUGUCAAAAUGGCGUGCAAAGCGCAUCGCUCUGGCAUGGGAGAUGCUGACCCCUCGUGAGGCUUGUGAGGUUUUCGCCCGAGGCGUUGGGCGCCCCGUCAGGUAUAUCCAAGGCCCGAUCGAGCUCAAAGUCAAGAUUCCCACCGGAUACCGCCAGCAACUCGAGGCGCUGGAGAAGCUGUUUUCGCUUGGCCACCGGGACCCCAAGGAGCAGCCUCCGUACUUUGGCGAUGUGGAGCUGGAGAACAACUGUCUCUCUCAGUCCAUGGCGCUGUGGGAAGGCCCGCGGGGACUCGAGGAAUACGCGCGGGAAGUCUUCCCUCUCGAGGAACAAGCCAACGGUCUAACAUGGAUGUUGGAGGAAGAGGAGGAAGUGCCCGAAGACGAGGUCACGUCAGCUACCCGUCAGAGGGACCAUGAAGUGCAACAAGAAGCAGACGAGGAGGAAGAAGAAUACUCGGACAACGAGGACGACGGUUUGGUCAUGAGAGGUUUGAAGAGAGACGAAGAGGAAUGGCUCGCAUGA